AUGUCCUCUCGAGUUCAUGAAACUCAGUCGCAAAUCCUCCACUCUCUCCGCCUACCCUCCUUCCGCUCCCUCCAUACCACCCGUACACUGCUGAAGCCAGCCCAUGCCCAACCACAGAGCACACCGGAAGAGCUUCCCAUUCUCCCUACGCUCCCCGUUGGCCGAUGGCUCAUGUUCUCCUCUGCGCUCGUCCUUGCUAUCAUCGUCGUGGGUGGCGUCACCCGCCUCACAGAGUCUGGUCUCAGUAUCACGGAAUGGCAACCUAUCACCGGCGUCCUACCUCCUUUAACGCACGACGAGUGGAUGGUCGAGUUCGACAAGUAUAAGGCCACCCCGGAAUUCAAACUGCUGAACCACUCAAUUUCCCUCGAAGACUUCAAGUCCAUCUUCUACAUGGAAUGGGGACACCGCGUUCUCGGCCGUCUCAUCGGUGUUGUCUUCGUCGGUCCCCUCGCCUACUUCGCCCUCCGCAGAAAGAUCCCCAAGUCCCUCACCCUCCGGCUCACCGGCCUCGCGUCCCUCAUCGGUGCACAAGGCCUCCUGGGAUGGUACAUGGUCAAGUCCGGGUUAGAAGACUCCAUCAUGGAGACCCCUGGCGCCGUCCCCCGCGUCUCGCAGUACCGGCUCGCAGCGCACCUCGGCAUGGCGUUCCUCUUGUACUUGGGCAUGUUCGGCACGGGCAUGGCGGUUAUCAAGGACUGGAAGUUCGCUCAUGGUGCGAAUUGGAGUGGGUAUACGCAGGAUAUCCAGAAGGCAGUGACUCGCCCGCUGUUCGUUUCGUUUAAGAGGCAGGCAUGGGCUCUCACUGGACUAGUCCUCCUGACUGCACUGUCGGGCGCCUUUGUCGCCGGACUUGACGCGGGUUUGCUAUAUAACGAGUUCCCUUUAAUGGGUGGACGUCUAGCCCCUCCCGCUGAUGAGCUUUUCGCGGACGAGUACGCCAAAAACCCUGACAAAUCGGACAAAUGGUGGCGAAAUAUUUUUGAGAACCCGACCACCGUUCAAUUCAACCAUCGCGUCCUUGCCACCACAACCUACUGUGCAACCGCCCUGCUUUUUGCACGGUCGCUCAAGCCUCUUGUGCGCCAGGCUCUGCCUCCCAUGACACAUGUAGCCAUGAAGGCAGCAUUUGUAAUGGCUAACGUCCAAGUCGGCCUCGGAAUCUUCACCUUGCUCUACCUGGUCCCUGUCCCUCUGGCUGCUGCACACCAGGCCGGCAGUGUUAUGCUCCUUAGCGCGAUGGCACAUAUCCUUAUUACUAUGAGACGGCCAGGUGCUGCAGCGAGGGCAUGGCGUGAACUCCUCGCAAAAAAGGCUGCUCAAGCACCCAGACCCAACCUAGAUCGGAGUAAAUUAAGAUCAUGA